AACCUGAGUCAUUUUGACCAAUGGAGGUCACUCCCAAAUUAAAAUCUGCGUAUGGUUCGCCUUGUUAUGCAGUCGAAUCGAGCCCUUCUGAGUUUAAAGAGGAAAAGCAGCAUCGUCCGAAGCUGAGCGCCUCCCUGAGGGAGAGGCUGAAGAGAUGCAGGAGAUCCUUCACCUCUCCUGUCUCUGUGGCCAAACGCCUGUGUGUGGAUGAAGAGGAGGAGGAAGCUGGACUGCACGGUCCAGACAAAGUACCUGGACCUGUUCUCGAACCGACACAUGUCACCCCAGAAGACUUUGCACAACAACUCAGGAAGGAGAUUAAAUCAAAAACAGAGACUCUGCGCAGACUUAAGAUGGUUAAAAUGUAUAGAAGCAAGAAUGAUUUAACCCAGCUCCAAACCUUGAUCAACAAGUGGCGCAGUUGUGCUCAGGCUGGCCUGUAUGAGCUCCAGUCAGAAGUCCCCAUCGAUGGACGAAGGGCCAGCCUGUCUGAGCUCAUGGACCUGUUUGGCCUGGACCACAGCAUUCUGCACUUUGACCGCUCCGAGGACGACUUCUCUUCAUGA